AUGAGUAACCAGGAGACUGAUGUUCUACGUUGCUGGAGAUGUAGAAAAUACAUAGCAAAUUCUGUUUGCCUUGCAAAAUGUCAUGGAAGAGAACCAUCCGAAACAUCACAACCUUCAGCUGCUGCUCAGGAGUCUUGCAACGUAUGGCAUGUGAACUUAGAAGCCAUUCCAGAGUGGGUGAAAUGCGUCAUUGAAAAGGCACAGUGGACAAUUGGAAAACUGCACUGUCCAUUCUGUGAGGCCUGCUUAGGGGGCUUUAACUUUGUUUGCAACACAACAUGUUCCUGUGGACAGUUAGUAAAUAUACAUUUCUGCAAAAGUCGGACUGACUAUCACCCAGCUUUCUGUGUUAAAUUGGCAAAAUCAUCAGGAAAGCACGUGCCUCUCCUCAAAAUUCAGUCUAGUUUUAGCAAGGAUACCUGCCAUGAAGUGGUAACUGCAACUGUGGAAAUCAAAAAUCAAGGGCUUUCAUACAUGGCCAGAAGUAAUGAUAGUGGAAGAUUAACAGAAGCACUUUGUCUAGAAGUAAGAGCUCCCAGAUAUGAGAUGAAAAGUAAAAAACUUCCUUUAAAGGCAUUAAAUCAAAAAAGAUUUCUUUCUGCUGUCUAUCCUAUGAAUGAUGCAUGCACUGUAAAACCUCUUCGCAGAAGAUCACGUAGUUUGGAUUUAAAUAUCAGAGAAAGACUUGUUUUGUCACCUGUGUUAUAUGAAACUUGCAGCAUGGGAACAAUUUACCAUGGCCAAAAUGAAAAUCCACCUGUUUACACACAAAGUGGCUUGCAAUUAGUGUCCAAUAGGAAAGACGGUAAUUCUUUUCAGGACUUACAUAGUUCCUGUGCUGACAAACUACAAAAAAGGUUUCGAGUUACUUCCUUUGCCACAUUACUACAUAGAAAAACAGAAAGUGAGUGUGAUUUUGAAGCUACUGGACAAUCUUCUGGGAGUGCCAUUGCUGAUGGGCCACCUUUUGUGAUGAACCUUUCUUCACCUACAAGUGCUGUAGAAGAGGAACAAUGCACCACAUCUGCUGGUCUUGUGCAGCCUACGAGUACUUCCUUUAACCAAAAGCUGAAUAAGAGAGAAAGAAACAAGUUGAAAAGCUUGAGGAGAAAACAAAGAAGGAGAGAACGGUGGCUACAGAAGCAAACUGCAAACGACAACAUGCAUACAGAUGAUGAGCAUGAACUCAGAGGAGAUAAAGAAAGCUACCUCUGUGCAGUGUGCCUGGAUGUUUAUUUCAAUCCUUACAUGUGCUAUCCAUGCCACCACAUCUUUUGUGAACCUUGCUUAAGGAUGCUUGCCAAAGACAAUCCAGCCAGCACUCCAUGUCCACUGUGUCGCACUACAAUUGCCAGAGUCUUUUUCCAAACAGAACUCAACAACUCUACCAAAUCUUUUUUCCCUAUGGAAUAUUUGAAGUUAAAAGAAAAUUUUCAGAAAUCAAAUUCUGCAAAAUGGCCUCUACCAAGCUGCAAGAAAGCCUUCAGAGUUUUUGAAGGUUUUCAAAGACGCUCAGAUACAGUAACAAGGAGGCAUUUUCCACAUGCUGCUCACAGGAUGGACUACAUGGACUUUGAGGAUGAUAGCCGUGGAUGGCGGUUUGAUAUGGACAUGGUGAUAAUCUACAUUUAUUCAGUCAACUGGGUAAUAGGAUUUAUUGUGUUCUGUUUUCUUUGUUACUUCUUUUUCCCUUUUUAG